AAUCAAGUAUACGUGAGAUGCUCCUGAUAAGACGAAGGAUAUUGAAGAACUCGGUUUCUCUCUUGAGAUGCUCGUCUACAAGAAUAGUAACUCCGCCAAAUACAUUCACCACCGCCGUCAAGACCGCUGAAAAGUUGGUGCAACCGCAAUCGUCCAAGAUCUUUGACGACCCGUUCUCAAUUGUCAGCCACGAAAUGUCCAAUUUGGCCAAGUCCAUAGCUAACUUGAUCGGAUCCGGACAUCCGAUCCUAAACAGAGUCAGCUCGUACUAUUUCGAAGCCGAGGGAAAGAACGUGCGUCCGUUGAUUGUCCUUUUAUUGUCCAAGGCGUUGUCUAAUAUUCCCGUUGAGCAAAGAAACAGAAUUGAAAUAGACACCCAUGACGUGACUGAUCAGUACCAUUUCAAAGGCACACCUGGCAGCAAAGAAACCAUUGCUGGGAAGUCUGUGGACGAUUCCAUAUCCCCCUUGGCCAUUUUGCACGGAAUAAACCCCAAGGUUAUAUUAGACCCAUUGCUGAAACCCAUGGACAAGUUGCCACAAUUUGAUGCCAUGAAUGGUAUAUUACCAAAGCAAAGAAGAUUAGCGGAAAUUGUCGAGAUGAUUCACACUGCUUCGUUAUUGCAUGACGACGUUAUAGAUUUGAGUGAUUCAAGAAGAGGCAGACCAAGUGGGAAUAUAGCCUUUACUAACAAGAUGGCGGUGUUGGCAGGUGACUUCUUAUUAGGAAGAGCCUCGGUGGCCAUUGCCCGAUUAAGAAACCCUGAGGUUAUUGAGUUGUUAUCUACCACAAUCGCCAAUUUAGUCGAGGGGGAAUUCAUGCAAUUGAAAAACACCGUUAUGUCACAAUCAGACACAAUCGUUAAUGACGGAGAAAAGAAGACCAUUCCUGAACCUACCGGAAAAGUACCCACCAAGCAACACGAAUACUCAAUAAGUCGUCCCGAAGAUGUUGACCAUAUCACUAAUGUAAAUGCUGCAUUUGAAUAUUACUUGCACAAGACAUAUCUUAAAACAGCAUCUUUAAUGUCCAAGCUGUCCCGUGCCGCAGCUGUUUUAAGCGGAUCCCAAGACGACAUAAUUGAAAACUGUUAUGAAUUCGGAAGAAACUUGGGGUUGUGUUUCCAAAUCGUCGAUGAUAUGUUGGAUUAUACUUCCAGUGACGCUGCUUUCGGUAAGCCGAGUCAAGCCGAUUUGAAGUUGGGAUUGGCCACUGCUCCUAUUUUAUUUGCCUGGAAGGAAGAGCCUAAAUUGGGUGAGCUUAUUGCCAGAAAGUUUAAAGAACCGGGAGAUGUUGAAAUUGCUCGUAGGGCUGUGGAGAAGUAUGGUGGGUUGGACCAGACAAGAUUGAUGGCAGAAGACUAUUGUCAUAAGGCAUUAACCAACUUGAGAUGUUUGCCAGAAUCUGAUGCCAGAAGUGCAUUGGAAUUGUUAACUAAUUCUGUAUUGACUAGAAACAAAUAGACUUUUAUAAAGUUAUUCUCAUGUACAUAUAUAUAUAUACACACUCAUAACC